AUGGAAGAAGGAAGCAGCGUUGCAGUAUUGAUGCCAAAUAUUGGGGAACAGGAAGCUGUGUUGAUUUCUGAAACGCUCAUUGGCCCAACACUGCAGACCAGUGAAGAUCAGAGAAAAUGCAAGACUGAUCCACUAAUCCAUGUUAUCCAGAAACUGAGCAAAAUAGUUGAGAGUGAGAAGUCACAAAGAUGCCUUUUAAUAGGGAAAAAACGUUCCCAUCCUAAUGCUUCUGCCCAGUCCUUUGACACAGAUGAUCUUUGUGAAAUCCCAGCUAAAGCAAUUGAGCUAUCUGUUAUUGCUACUAAAAAGACUGAAGAGUUACAAGCAGAUUAUUUUGUGACUGAAUGUCUUCCACAAAGCAAAAAAAAGGUGACGUGCUACCAGUGUAGUCUAUGUAAGUUUCUGUCACCUUCUCUCUUAACACUACAAGAACAUAUAAAACAACAUGGGCAGAAAAACGAAGUGAUAUUAAUGUGCUCAGAAUGUCAUUUUGCUUCUAAAAGCCAAGAAGAACUUGAAUCCCACUUCCAAAAUUACCAUGAGAACGAUGGUAAAAAUAGCAUCCAGACAAAAGCACAGCAAUGUGUAAACGUCGCUAGUUCAUUUUUGCAAGGGCCAUUGGAAGGAAAUGUCAAAUCAGGGACUGAUCAGCCAGGAAAUCUGGAGUGUAAAGACAGAACUCAAUCUACCCGUACGCCUGAAAUGGGCAGGAGAAAAUGGUAUACUUAUGAGCAGUAUGGCAUGUACCGGUGUUUAAUUUGUCGGUACACCUGCGGUCAGCAAAGGAUGUUGAAAACUCACGCUUGGAAGCAUGCGGGUGAGGUUGAUUGCUCCUAUCCUAUCUUUGAGGAAGAAAAUGAAACUGCCAACUUGUCAGAGAUGGUUGUAACUCACACACCUCACAGCGUGGAUACAGUUGUUCUUUCUUUGGAAAACAAUGAACUCGAUAUCCAUAGUGAGCCUUCUCUUCAGCUUCAGAUUUGCAAUUCUGAGCAAGUGCCAGGCAAAUUGCCAGUAGGAACAAAUAUAAAAGAGGAAGAGAUGUUAAGUCAGUCUGUAGUGCAUUCUCCUACUACAGAGGUUUUAGAGGAGACUGUUUCAGAUACAGAACAGGAUAAUAUGAUAGCUGACAGCCUACUUUCAUCAGCACAGAAAAUCAUUAAUUGUAGUCCAAAUAAAAAGGGUCACGUUAAUGUAAUAGUAGAGCUUUUGCCAGGUGCUGAAGAAAGUGUCUUACAAAAGCCUUUCUUGAUGAACACUGACAUUGAAACAGAAAAAAAAUUAAUUUCAGAGGAGUCUCGUGUUACCUGUGAAGAACGUGAUGAAGUUUAUCAUUCAGAUGAAAUCCAAGAAGUAAUAAUAGGAUGGAAUAAUGCUGAGAAGAAAGACAAUGAAUUAAGCUCUAAUAAAAAUGUAACAACUGAUGAAAAUGCACCUCCUGUACGAAGAAGGACAAAUUCGGAGUCUUUACGUCUGCACUCGUUAGCUGCAGAAGCUCUUGUUACCAUGCCUAUCAGAGCUGCAGAGCUAACGAGGUCUGGCUUCAGGACUCUGACUGGGGAAGACGCUGCAGGUGCAGGGCAGGGGGAAGCUGAUGGCCCACGCGUGACUCAUUCUAAAGUGGUGUCCUCACUUAAGAAUUCUUCAGAGGAGUUUAGCAGCUUAAACCAAAGUGAAUGUGCAAUAGUCGAGAUACAGAAGGAAAGGCCAGAUUUAUCAGAAGCACCAAUUAAAAUGGGCAUCAGUAUGUCACUGCUCACUGUCAUUGAAAAACUGAAGGAGAGGACAGAUCAGAACGCUUCUGAUGAUGACAUUUUGAAAGAGUUACAAGACAACGCACAAUGCCAAAAUGCAAAUGAUGCAAAUAUUCCUGGAAGUAACCUAGUAGAAUAUAUACCUAACGUAGAGCGACCCUACCGGUGCCGCCUCUGCCAUUAUAGCAGCGGUAAUAAGGGGUACAUCAAACAACACCUGAGAGUCCACCGUCAGAGGCAGCCAUACCAGUGUCCUAUCUGUGAACACAUCGCUGACGAUAGUAAGGAUUUAGAGAGCCACAUGAUCAACCACUGCAAAACAAGAAUGUAUCAGUGCAAGCAAUGUGAAGAAUCCUUUCAUUAUAAGAGCCAACUGCGAAAUCAUGAAAGAGAACAACACAGUCUUCCAGACAUCUUUUCAACAGCUACAUCGAACAAACUAAUAGUUUCCAAUGAAGUAGAUGAAAGAGAAGGAAAUAAGUCUUCAGUUCAGAAACUGUAUAGAUGUGAUGUAUGUGACUACACAAGCACAACUUACGUUGGUGUACGAAAUCAUAGACGAAUUCAUAACUCAGAUAAGCCAUAUAGAUGUCGAGUAUGUGACUUCGCCACCACAAAUAUGAAUAGCUUGAAAUGCCAUAUGAGGCGCCACCCCCAGGAGCAUCAGGCAGUGCAGCUAAUGGAACAGUACAAAUGUUCUCUCUGUGGAUAUGUAUGUAGCCAUCCUCCAUCCCUGAAGUCCCACAUGUGGAAACAUGCAAGUGACCAAAAUUAUAACUAUGAGCAAGUGAACAAGGCUAUUAAUGAUGCAAUUUCGCAAAGCAGCAGGUUUCAAGGGCAGCUUCCUGACAAAACCUUAUUAGAAGGCACAGAUGAAAGUACAGUAUCUAUACUAGGAAACACAGACAACUUGGUGUCUUUCACAGAGUCUAUUAACCAGACUACAACUGAAAUUUCAGGUUCUGAUGAAAAACCUAACUUGAUGAAUACCUCAUGCAGUUUUGAAAAGAACUCCACUCUGCCUCAUCUUGGCACAGAAUACUGUGUUCUUCUCUUCUGCUGCUGCAUUUGUGGUUUUGAGUCUACCAACAAAGAAAAUCUGCUUGAUCAUAUGAAAGAACAUGAGGGUGAAAUCAUAAACAUCAUUCUAAAUAAGGACCACAGCACAACUCAGAGCACAAACUAGGUGAAGCAGAAAGUUAAAGAGAGGGUUUCCUAGAGUGAAUGUUUUAUUUCUUUGCUAAUUUUUUGCCUGAGACACUUGCUAAAGAGAAGAAUUGUAAGCAAAACUUGAUUUUCCAUCCUGAGUCCUUGUUUCAGUAGGAGUAUAAUAUUUUAACCGGGGACUGAUGAAUCAUUUAGGAGAUGAAUAUAAGGAGUGGGGAAUAGAAUGAUCCAUUUUAACCUGUUAUAUCUCUGUACAGUGCCAAGAAUGUAGGAUUGAUUUUUUUUCUUUUAUUGUCAGGCACUAGUCAGUAAUAAUGCAUUAGUACAGUACGUUAAAACCCAAAGGUAUGGAAGCUUUGUAUCAAUUGAAAAGCUUUUUCUUCUUCCUCCCUCCUUGUUGUUGUUCCAAGUAUUUCAGCAAAGAACUUUUUUACCCUCUCUUUUUAAACUGGCAACAGACAAGAUAAAAAUUUUAUAAUAUGAUCUCGUAAUCCCCACUGCCUGGGUUCUGGAAGGCAGGGCGAGGGGAGGUGGGUGAGGGCAUGCGUGUGCUUGCACGCACACGUAGGUGUUUCAUUUUUCCCCAUCUAUUUUUAAGACUUUACAAACUCAAAGUCAUCCUUCAACAAAGACUGCUAUCCUUUCCAUCGAUUUAAAGCAGCGGGAGCUGAGGAGCCUCGAAGCAUUUUGUUAAUAACUAUUUGAUUGGAUCCUAACUAAAAAAGUGCUAUCUUUUGAACUGACAGUGUAUAAAAGGUCCUUUAUAAUAACGACCUGCUGUUUCUUAGGGGUUUUCUUGACACAUUCAGAAGAGCUAUUUAAAAAAGAAAAAAGCUUAUCAUAUGUCACUUUUAAUUUGUGGUGAUUACUUUGCAGUAUGUAUGAGCAAUGUUUUUUAAUGAGAACAUGAUACUAACAGUAAUUGCCACAAAGAGAUGUUGAUUAAACCUAUGUAGAUUCCUAAAGAUGUAGGUGAGCACAAAGUGGAAUUUUGAGAAACGCCUACAUGCUUUGGAGUUCUCUGAAAUCCCAUUGGCUGUCUAAAUUUCCCAUUUGUCUGGCAGAGCUGUAAGCGUAGAAAUAAUUCACUGAAAGAUAAAGUAAUCUUCCUAUAGGAAAUAAUUUUUUUAAAAAAGGCAAACAAUAUUUUAAGGAAAAGGAAAUUCAUUGUUUGAUUGGUUUUGGUUUUGUUUGUUUUUUUACAGUUACAGCAGUUUGCAGUAGAAGACAUUCAUCUAUGUAUCAGUUUGGAAUACUAUUAUACUGGCUAAUUAUCUGGCAACUUUGUUGAGGUUAUUUAUAAAUUUGGUUACUUAAACUGUUUGAAAUACAUUCUUCAAUCAGGUGAAGUAGUAGCAAUUCCAAAGAAGCCCUUUAGCAAGCAGAUUUAAACUUCCUAGUUCUGGCACAUAUUUCUGCUUGUAAUGAAUGGCAGAUGCACAGAAGGAUCACAUGGGGAUGCAGUUACCUGAUUUUUAGUAGCUCAUUACUUAAAAAAUUACUUACUCUUAGAAAAACAGUAUUUUAUGAUUACUGUAUAUAUUUCUGCUAGCCGAAAUAAGCUACAACUGUAAAUCUAAGAAGGUGGCAUAUGUAGUGUACAGUCUAUUGUGCUAUUGCUGACCAGAAGUGGCAAACAGGAAAAGAAAACAAGUCUUGUUACAACUUUAUGAAGCAGCACAAAAUCUGAAGGCCAGGCUAAAGGCACUAAGUACAUUUGAUGAUUUUUGUUUCCAAGUGAUUUCCUCAAUUUGACUUGUUCUUUUGGGUUAAGUAUCUGUUGCUUUGUUUAUAAAUCAGAUAGAAGAAAGUACAUAUUUUACUUUAAAAAUUGGUCAGAAUAUGUCAAAGCAUUUUUGUGUCAGAUAUAUGGAAUAUUUUAAAGACAUAUGUGAAGUAAGUAUACAUUAUUUUCCGUAAAAAGUUAUUUUUCAUAUUGCUACAGAUGGAUUUUACAUUUGAAAAACAUGAUUUAUUUAAAUUAUUUCAAAUUCAGUUAGAGAUAAACUUUUAAUGGGAUAUUCAUACUGUCUUACUGACACCAGUAUUUUACCCUCAAUAUAGAAUUCAUGUGAAAAUAGUACAUUGUCUAGAAUCUCUCUCAACUUUCUCAUUCAGAGAUCCCAUUGUUGAAAAAAUUAAAGGUACAACAAGAUCCACAGUAAUGCUAAACUACCAGCCUCUAUUCAUAGAAACAGUAUUUUUCCACAUCGUUAUUUUUGUGUAAAAGGAUAGUUAUUUUAAAGUUGCUCAGCUAGUGAAAGAUAAAAAGGUGAAAAGCUUGCGUUUAUAAGCUAAGAAGGAGAUGGCAAUGAACCAAGACUUAAAAAGCAAGUAACCUUGAAUCAAAAUUAACAAUUUUGGUGUAUGUGCAAGCCACACUUGCAGCAUUGAGUACAAUGCACCAGGACACAUUAUAAUGGGAUUAUAAGCAGGAUGCACCUAUUCACAGUUGUUCUUUGCCAUCUUGUUGCUUUUUUCUUUUUGGCCAUGUAUUCCUAUAAAAUAGUAGAAAAUUAGAUGCCUCUGAAACCCAUUAUUAGUCCUAACAAAUGCUGACAAAUAAUUCUUUCCAAUAUGCAGAGAGAUAAUUUUUUUUUUUUAACUGUCUUCAUGCUGCUUGCUGUUAGUUACCCACUCACAAUUCCCAGGGACUUUUAUCAGAAGUUCUGCAUGUGAAGUAAUUACAGGCUUAGUUUUUCUGAAAGCAAAUUAUUCCUCAGGUUAUCUGCUUUAGAAAGCAUAUGGUUGGCUUGGUUGCAUGUUAUGCAAGGGGUUUUAAGCACAUCUCAAAGUCACUGACACUGCAGUCUUCCCCUUUCUUUAAGCUUUUACAAUAUUUUCAGAUCAUCUGUUACAGCACUAUCAGAUGAUCAGCUAUUCACUUGCUGUUUGUUUAAAUUGGGUUUUAUUCUGUAAUAUGAACAGUAACUUGCAGCUUCGUUUUAAAUGCCUAUACUUCUACUAAAGAGAAACUUUGUUCAUGCUAGACUAUACUGCUAAAUAGGUGCAUAUUUCAUCUUUCCGAUUUACGCUUGGCCUGGAAAAAUAGAGUGGGGUUCAGUCAGAGUUAUUGUAUUUUCCUCUUUCAGAAGCACUUAUUUAAUCAUUUUAAAAAAAAAUGUACAGUUGGUGCUCAAAGUAACAUUUGUUAAGAUAUAUUUAAUAGAAAUUUACAUUUGCAUUUGAUAUUCAUGGACAUGGGUACAUGUAUUUUUUUAAGAAAAGGUAUUGUAACACUAUGGCACUGCUUUUAUAGCCAAAGUAUAAAAAAAAUUUAGAAAACUGACAUGUAAAGACUGCAGUUAAUUCUGAUACUGUAUCUUAUGAAAUAGGAUGACUUUCAUUUUAUAAAAUUAUCCAGCACAUUAAGCUGCAUGCCUUAAGCUCUCUCUAGGAUUGUGUUCCUGAUAGACGACUGUUUGGAACUAUGAAGCAAAGUCUGUAGUAGUACUUUAACUACCUUCUGAAAUACUGUACAAUGUUAGAAUAAUUUAUUUUGCUUUACAGGAGUUUGUCACGUACUGACUUUAAUAUUGUAUUUUGGUAAUAAACUUUUUUUGUUAAA